GUCCACAAAUAUCCACAUAAACUGUUAACAUUUUUGUUUCUUAGUCACUUCAAUCAUUCGUGUUCUUCGAAGCCAAAUGGCAACCACUACAAGAAGGUUAGAGGGAAAGGUAGCAGUAAUAACAGGAGCAGCAAGUGGUAUUGGGGAGUGUACAGCAAAACUCUUUGCUGAACAUGGUGCAAAAAUAGUCAUCGCAGACAUACAAGACCAACCUGGUCAAGCUGUUUGUGAGGCCAUAGGCUCAUCAAACUCGAUAUAUGUCCAUUGUGAUGUAACCAACGAAGAUGAUGUAAAAAAUGCGGUAGAUCUUGCAGUUUCCACCUAUGGUAAACUCGAUAUCAUGUUUUGUAACGCAGGGAUCAUGGGUCCUGGCAAGGAACGAAUCAUGGACAAUGAAAAGAUAGACUUUGAACGAGUACUUAGUGUAAACAUCACAGGCGUUUUUCUAGGCAUGAAACAUGCUGCUAGGGUUAUGGUACCAGCACGAGCUGGCACGAUAUUAUCAACAUCUAGUAUUUCUUCAGGUAUUGGUGGUGUAACCCCACAUGCUUACACUUGUGCAAAGCAUGCGGUGGUUGGACUCACCAAGAAUUUAGCAGUAGAGCUUGGGCAAUUUGGCAUUCGGGUAAAUUGCAUGUCACCUUAUGGGAUAGCCACACCCCAGGCCACAGGCUUCCUUGGGCUGGAUGUUAAGGCUGUGGAAAAUAAGAUGAACACGCUAGCUAACCUUAAGGGCGUGACGUGUGAAACAGAUGAUGUUGCUAAAGCCGCCCUUUUCUUGGUAAGCGAUGAGGCAAAGUACAUUAGCGGGCAAAACUUAUUUAUUGAUGGUGGAUUCAGCAUUUUUAAUUCAUCAUGGAACAUGUUCCAACACCCUCAAAAUUAAUCCUUAACUUAUACUUACGGAUUUUAAUCUUAUAUAGUACACACAAGGGUACAAGAAAGUGAUGUAAACCAUCUUUUGAAUUUAUACUUAUGUCUAAAUUGAUCAUGUCUAAUAAUUUUAGUGUAUUGUUGAUGGUUA